AUGGCAAAUCUGAAUAGUAAUGCCCCGAUAAAGUUUACUUGGUCUCAGCUCCUGAAUCUAUACGGCGACUACUUAGUCCACGACCACACCGACGACGAUAACGACGACAUCGAAGCCUACAACGAUACUGACGACGAUACUGACGACAUCGAAGCCUAUAACGACACUGACGACGAUAGUGACGACAUCGAAGCCUACAACGACACUGACGACGAUAACGACGACACCGAAGCCGACGACACUGACGAUGACAACUACAACGACGACGACGAUGAUUACAAUGACGAUUACAUCGACUACAUCCUCCGCGGCGGCGGAAACGAAGUUCCAAUUUUCCCAGAGAAAGAAUUUCCAAGGACAUUAUACCGAGUUCAUUAUUCUGAAUCUGUUACACAGUAUUCCCACGAAGGAGGAUUCCUCGCAAACAAUCAAUACUCUCUAGGUCCAGUCAAACUUGAGGAAUUCCAUAACCAUCUCAAUUGGCGCUCAGGAACUCCCAGCAGAUUUAUCUCCACGUUUUCAGACAGAUCACACGCUUUCGCGUGGGCUAGAAAUUGGCAGCAAAAGCACCUGUACGGCUGGUAUUUUAUAAUGACAAUCAAGCCGCGCAGAACGGAUAAAAUAUAUCAUAUGGAAACAGUCAUAGAGUGUUCAGGGGUCGGAAUACCAUCCGAUUGCCCCCUCCAAAGAACACAGCCAGACGAAUACCUCUUUUUCCGCCAAAUCCCCGAGGAUCGUAUUGUUGAGCUUUUCGACCCUGAUAUGGAGGAUCCAUUAGAUUCAUGGAGCUCGGCCCAUGAGCUCAGCGUCGCUCCAUAUCGUCAAGUAGAGGAAAGCGCUAGAGAUGAGCGAGACAAAUGGUCGGCUGCCGAGGCAUUAAGACUAUCAACCAAGAUCUUAAGGUCGAUCUAA